UUGUAAUCAUAUAUGAAUUGCCACAUGGUGAUCAUGAGGUUGCGCAUGGGGAGUUUUCUUUCCAAUUUCAACGCGCUUUCCACGGCCUACCUCUUGAAGAUCGUUUUCUUGGUACUGGUGCAAAAACUUGUUUUGAAUCGGGACGAAAAUCUGCCAGGCAGCCUGAUGCUUCAUUUAUACCCAGUUGCUUGCCUAAACCAUCACCUAAUCCAAGUGAUGCUCAGGGUAAUCCCUGGCCAACUAUUGUAUGUGAAGUUGCCCGAUCCCAAAGUCUUGCAAGCGUAAUUCAGAAAGUCAAUUCAUUCUGGUUGGCCCCAAAUCGUGUUGAGGAUGUGAUCGUGUUCAAACUGUGGCCAUGGAAUCACGGGACGGAUACGAAUGGGCGCCCCCUGCGUCGCUUAACAGUUCACAAGCAUCCAAGCAAGUCAUGCACAGGGAAGCUCGAAUUUGGGACCAUUAAUAAAUAUGGAGUGCCAUACAAUGGUUGUUCUGCUAGUGGAAUGCGUACUUUGACGAUUGCACGAGAAUGCGCUUAUGAAGGUUGUACUCCACCGUACCCACCAUAUCCGAUUGCAGGGAAUGUAGUCAUCGAUUUGUUUGAUAUCCAGCGGGCAGUUUUUAAAGCGCAAGGCAUAUAG